CCAGGCUUCAGCUUCCGGGUGGGUGUGUCCAAGAGACGACGGGCAGAAAGGGGUCAAAUGAGUGUUUGGUGAAAGAUGGCAAGUGUGUCGGCGUCACUCGGAUAAAAGUCUCCAGUUGGAACAACAACGACGACUCAACCGAGUUGAAGCGGAGAGGCGGAGAGUAUCUGCCGGCUGCCGGCUGUGGUGUGCGAGGAGCGGCCUUGGAGUCGCAGACACUGCUUAAGUCUUGGGAGGAGCGGCCGCCAUGUUUCAGUCGCUGCCGCGUCGUCUGCCCGGCGAGGUCGGGGUCAGGACGCUCAGGCUGCGGAGUUGGGGGAUGUUCCGGCCGGAGGAAGGCGGGAUCUCGUCUCCAUGGCUGGGCAGGGCCACCGACCUGCUGCUGUCCAACCUCCGCAGGGCGGCGGUCCUGGUCCGGGAGACUACAGGAUGUGGACAAAAGAAGAAGGGACUGCUGUCCAUCUUUGUGGACCAUUGUAGUUUUUUGACCGGCCAGAGGCUGCGGCGCGCGUGUCGGAUCGGCGAGCUCUACUCCAACUUGUACUCUGAGAGGACCAGGUGGACCCUGGUGGGGAGCAUAUGGCGUCGCUUGCAGAGCAAACACCCGCCUACAGGUCGGCUGAUGGCAGCUCUGGCGGGCGUCUUCCUGUGGGAGCACGAGAAGAUUCAAGAUGAGGAGAUACUCAGGUGUGGACUCGAGCUGCAGGCACUGGACAUGGUGAAGAGUCCAAAGCACAGAUCUUCAGUCUGCACCAGCGAGCAGGUGGAUGUGGGCUGGGAGCUGGUGAUGGAGAAGAAAGACUUCAAAGUGUGGAAGAGACCCAUCCCUGACAGUCACCUGUACGAGUACAGAGUGUUGGGAUCCUACAGCGACGUCACACCAAGACAGUUUUUCAACGUGCAGUUGGACACUGACUACAGGAAGAAGUGGGAUGCGCUCGUCAUCAAACUGGAAGUGGUGGACCGAGACCUCAACACGGGCUCAGAGGUGGUCCACUGGGCCACGCACUUUCCUUACCCCAUGUACUCCAGAGACUACGUGUAUGUGCGGCGCUAUGACGUGGACCUGGACAACAACCUGAUGAUCUUGGUGUCCAGAGCUGUGCAGCAUCCCAGAGUUCCAGAGUCUCAGGACUUUGUGAGAGUCCACACGUACCAGUCCAAGAUGGUCAUCCGCCCGCACACCUCCUUUGACGAGAACGGCUUCGACUACUUGCUGACUUACAGCGACGACCCCCAGACCGCCUUCCCCCGGUACUGUGUCAGCUGGAUGGUGUCCAGUGGCAUGCCGGACUUCUUGAACAAACUGCACACCGCAGCUCUGCAGGCCAGGAACUUGGAGGUGGGCGUGUACGACUACGCCAGCGUCAUUAAAAGCAGCGACACGGCCCGCCUGCAGAACCAGAACCAGGAGAGACUGGCCGCAGAGAAAAACCACAGCGGUGGUCCUGGUCAGAUGUACGCUUGAGCCCACACCGACAUGUGGACUUGUCCGGAUCAAACCCUCCAAAAACCCAAACACUUUGGGUUUGUUUUGUGUGAAGAUGUUUUGUCUUUAAUGCCAAUGUGUGUGUGUGUGUGUGUGUGUGUGUGUGUGUGUGUGUGUGUGUGUGUGUGUGUGUGUGUGUGUGUGUGUGUGUGUGUGUGUGUGUGUGUGUGUGUGUGUGUGUGUGUGUGUGUGUGUGCGUGUGCACCGUAACACUGGUCUGAGGGAGUGGAGACGGACAAAUUGUUGACGUUCUUGUGUCAUGACUGCUGUGGCAAAGCGGACUAAAAAGACAAGAGGUUUGGACAAAUGGUGGAGCUGCUUUUGCAGAGUUGACCGUAGAACAUUGCUGACUCAUCUCUGCAUGGACUGAUGAAGGACUGGACUCUCAAGAUUGGUUGCUUUUCCAGGUCUAUGCAGAAGAUGAACUUGGGCAACUUUUAGUGUUCUAGGAAGCUAAAAGCCGACCUUGUAGCGCGUGUCUUCUAACAAGCAGUGAAGUGCUCACACAUGCACGUCUAAAUGCAUGUUUGUUUGUCUUUUUAGACGUGUGGAAAUGAAAAAAGGUUAAUCCAUUUCAAUUGCAGCAAACAAGCAGACUUUUUUGUUGUUCUGUUGUUAAUUCUUAUUAAAAAAUAACCUGGAUGAGCUAAAUCUUGCUAAAUGUGUGCUGUAAUUCUGCUGCUUCUUGUUAAAUCAAUGACUUCCUUUUCCUGAAUGUACAAAUAACAACAUGCUGUGGAGUUCAAGUUGCCUCGAAACAAUAAAGACACGUUUACCACCUGA